GCAAGUCCGUCCGUCAAAUCUGAAGUUUACCACGCAGCCGUGCGGCAUCGGAUGAACCUCGGCGGUGUCACAGAUUUCCUCAAGGCGAGAACGCGAAAAAAACAUAAAACAGCAACGAGGAGAGCCGCAGGAAAGUUGGUUGUAUGGCACCUCAGUCGUGCGUAAUGAAUCCUGCGCAGGGAUCACCGCCCUCGACUGCUCCAGGGGAGACAUCACCAGCUGAGGACCGAGCCGCUGGUGGCAUGGGAACUGACAAGCUGGACCUAUCACCUGUCAGAAGAUGUAAGACCAAAAAGUUUGAUCUGCCUUUCAGUGUGGAGUCCCUCAUAUCAGACAGGCCACCGGGCAGUAACCUCCACUCCCCGGAUCCCGGCUCAGGCUGCGUCCGGGCAGAGGAGACCGAGUGCGCGUCACCGGGGGGACUUUACCGGUCCAAACCAGAGGCGUUGGACUCGAGUGACAAGGAAUCGAGCCCCUGGUUUCAGGCUCCUUACGCAUCCCCUCCAAGACUUCCCAGCCCGACAACUUGCAAUCUACGGAAACACAAGAACAACAGGAAACCCAGAACUCCCUUCACGACCUCUCAGCUUCUUUCUCUGGAGAGGAAGUUCCGUCAGAAACAGUACCUCUCCAUCGCGGAGAGAGCGGAGUUCUCCAACUCCCUCAGCCUCACAGAGACCCAGGUCAAGAUCUGGUUUCAGAACCGCAGAGCCAAGGCCAAGAGACUGCAAGAGGCCGAGCUGGAGAAGCUCAAGCUGGCCGCGAAGCCGCUACUGCCGGCCUUCGCCUUUCCCUUCCCCCUGAGCGCACCUAUGGCCGCACCGUCCCUCUACGCGGCCCUGAACGGACCGCGGCCAGCCUUACCUGUCCCGGGACUAUUCAGUGGACCAUAUGGGAUGUACUACUUGUCUUAACCCUCACUAACUUUGAACUGCAUCGUUGGGAAAGAAAGCUGCCUUUGAAAAACGCCUUCAUACAGCAAAUAACAAACAAUACAAAAAUGUCCAUCUCAUGAGUCAAGCUGUCUGAAAUCUCAUAUUAAAUAUUGUGUAAAAUAUUUUUGGUUAUAAUGAAAAAUCUAAUGGCGUGAGAAGAAUAUUUUCCACACAAAAUAUAAGCAGAACGAACUGGCCUCGUUUUAAAAGAGUCGGUUCAACCAAAUAACACGUGGGACAGACAAGUAUUUUCACUCAAUUGUCGAAUUUCAUUAAAUUUCUAUCGACUAUUUAAGAUUUACUUUGCAGUAACUUAUUUGUGAACCUGGCCAUUUUUGCAGUGUAAUCAGUAAACUCCUUUCUCUAAAUGACGGACUCUCACGGAGCUCAUUUCUCGGAUUAGAUUUUUCAAAUUUCAGAUCAUUUGCGAGCUUUUCUGGUUUAAUAUCCGUAAAUACUUCUGUAAUUUUAAUGUGGCGAGAGAAGAUGUGAUUAUAUAAAGGCCUGUAGCUUUGGGUUUAAAGCAAUAACUCGAUGACUCACUAAAGUGACCAUGUGAAUGUUUUAUUUCCAUUUCAGAGGCCUUUCAAAUUUUCUCACCUCAAAAGGACACGGUUUUAAAAUGUGUGUUAUAGAAAACAGCGAAGAGCAACAACAUUUAAAUAUCCACAUCCAGUCUGAAAACCCACUUUCUGUAUAUUCUGAGGAAGCUAAAUAGACUCUUUGAUAACAUGGCUGCAGUCAGACUUAUUUUUAUAAGCUGAAGAUGGAAGGAAAAAGUUACCAAGCGAGUCUGACAUGAGUAUUAUUCCUAAAAUUCUGAUCAGAAUCAUCAUUCAAGAAAAAGACACACUUCAAUUAGCACAAUUGUGUAUCCAUAUUUUUAUAUAUUAUUAUAUUAUAUACAUAGAAUUACAUAUUAACUCUAAAAUAAAUCUACUUUAUUACUGUCCUUUUAUUAUUAUUUUUUUUAACAUUACCUCAAAAGGAGAACGUUUUUGCACAGAUGUUCAAAGAGCUCUUAAAAGUCCAAGAAUUCAUCAACUAUUUUUGCAAACACUCCAAAAUGCUAAACAAGAGUGUAUUUUAUAUUUGAUGGGUGAAAAGGUGUUUUGUACAAAUAUUAAAAUCUCUUGUGUAAAUUC